AUCCACGCACGCGCACAUCCACGAAACGCACGUUCAGGAUUGUUUUUGUGGAAAGGCUCAGGCAGCCGCGGAGUGUAAUCAGCCUCGGAGAUGUCCCAGCUCCGCGGGGAGAGCAGUGCCCCAGAAAUGAGCGCAGCGAAUGGCGACAGCGCCGUCUUGCAGACUGGACUGGGCGGCAGGAGGCGGGCGCGGGAAGCCCAGGAAGGCCCAGUGCUGGACGCUGCCCGCCCGGUGGCAAGGGUGCGGGACCCAGCUCCCGGGCCGAUCCCCAGCCACGUCCCCGGGCUUGUGUCAAUGCCCAGCCUGCACGGGCAGCUGGGCCUCAUAGGAAUUCAUCACCAGCGGUUAUUCCGCCAGUACCUGAAUAAUUCCCCCAUGAUCCCAGUCAGGACACUCCGAGACAUCGAGGCACGCCGCAGGCUGUUUGUGGAAGGCUGCAGGGCGAGGGAAGCAGCCUUUGAUGCGAAUCCCCCCGAGAUGGACUCCGAUGCCGUAGCUUUCGCCCUCGCUGUGACUGCCGCGGGGGCCGGCAGUCCUCUGGCCGACUGAGUCGGCGAUGAGGUGGGUGGCGAGGAGGUCCGGUGAAAAGGCGAAGGCGGGCUUGCACAGACCUACGUGGUCGUUAGAGGGGAAAUGCAAGCUUUCGAAGAGAACGCUGCAGUGCACAGUGGGACGCAGAAGCAGCCGGAAAAAGAAGUGCAAGGGCACCCGAGACUGUUAGAAGCUGCUUCCCGGGACACUUAGGACAUGGCGUUGUGACUGUUAGUCACCCUUCCUUCAGCGGUCGUGCGGACUCCUUCAACAUUAUAAGGGAUGGUUUUGCAAAGAUGAGUUGUAAGAAAAAUGGCCAGUGGUAGAACCCAAAGAAAGUAGCCAAGCUGACCGAAGACUUAAAGGAAAUGCAGUUGUUAGGAGUCCGCUCCUGUCCGAGUUGUUAGGAUUGGAAGGCUAUUGAGAGAACCUGGAGUCAUCCGUGGUCAUCUCAUUGUCAACUGACAGCUCUUGUGUAAAAUUAAUUUCCAUGUUUUCUGAAAAAAAAAAACUUCAGCUCUGUAGUCCUCAAGAAAACGUAUUUAUAAUGAGAUAAGUAUAUUUUUUAAGACCACAUGAAAUUGGGUAGGUGUGGUAAUAGAUUUCUUUUUGUUAUUGUUUAAACUGUUUUAUUCCAGACUGUGUUCACAAGGCUCAAAAAAACAAAGUGUGGGGGCUUGUAUUUAGAUACUCCCCCCAAAGCCUCGUGUGAUCAUAGGUGGGGUUUUUUCAGAGGUGGCUGAAUCUAGAGUGUGUGACUGAUUCAUGGGGCAGUGCUAGGAUUACGGAUGAGUAAUUACUAAAGAGUCCAUUGAUUGGUUUGGCACCACCACUACCCUGAUCCUGGUGGCCUGGAUACAGUAUAAGGGACAGAAAGAAGCUUGUCUUUCCCCUUGCUUCCUUGCUUGCUUGCUUGCUCUGUCACC